AUGGAAGCCCCUCUCGUGUGUUUGGACGAGGAGUUUGAGGACCUCCGGCCCUGCCGCAUGGAUGAGCUGGACCACCCGGCGCUCAAACACACCUCUUACUCCACCACAACAACCACCAUCCCACUGGCCUCCAUCACCCGCGAGGACUUCUCCGAGCUGGAGAACUUCUCUGAGAUGAUGAGCUUCAAGUCGAUGGAGGACCUGGUGAACGAGUUUGACGAGAAGCUCAACGUGUGCUUCCACAACUACAACACCAAGACGGAGGUCCUGGCUCCCAUACGCAACCAGUCGCACAACCAGGAGGAUGAGGAGAGGCUGCAGGAUGAAGAUGUGUGGGAUGCUCUAACUGACAACUACAUCUCCACUUGGGACGGCAGCGACUCAGAGGGACUCAACGGCAAUCUUUCUGAGCAGGAGAUCCACGAAAAAGAGGAGGAGGAAAUGAAUGAGAAGAAUGACAAUGCCAACUGCCUGAAGGAAGAGCCUCUUAUCACAGCUGAUCAGGUCAUUGAGGAGAUAGUCGAGAUGAUGGAGAACUCUCCGGAUCCCGGUGAAACUGAGGAGGAGGAUGAAGAGGAGAGCAGCCACUGCUCCUCCAGGGACAACCCCUCCCUGCUGGAGGAGAUCAGGCAGCUGUCCCAGGCCUCCAACAACAACUGCUCCUACGAAGGCCUGAGCCUGAUGCCCAGCUCAGCGCUCGUCGAACUGCUUCAAAGGGUGGAGGCCGCCAUCCUCGAGUACUCAGAGGAGCUGGUCAGCCAGCUGGCCCGGCGCGAGGAGCUGGAGUUUGACAAAGAGGUUAAGAACACGUUCAUCACGGCCCUGAUGGAGGUGCAGAACAGGCAGAGGGAGCAACGGGACAGCAGCAAACGCCGACGCCGGGACAAGGCCCUGAGCCUGCAGGGAGGCGGGACGGCACCUGUGACCGGAGGGAACACCGCCUCCACGGGCCACACGGAGAAGACAGGGAGCAUGCCCGUCAAGCGUUUCAGCAUGGAGGGACUCUCUAACAUCCUGCAGACGGGCAUCAGACAGACAUUUGGAAGCACAGGGAACGAGAAACAGUAUCUAAACACAGUUAUUCCAUUUGAGAAGAAAGGCUCCCCUCCAUCUGUCGACGACCUGCAGAUGCUCACAAAAAUUCUUUAUGCCAUGAAGGAGGACAGUGAGAAGGUGCCUACACUGCUAACCGACUACAUAUUGAAAGUCUUGUGUCCUACCUAAAGUACCGCUAGGGGCCAGGGGCCGCAGUGUGACGGAGAUCUCUUCUCCAGCCCUCCUGCACCGAGCUGCAUGACCUCCCAUCUCUUACCAUUAUCAACCAUGGGUCCUCACCAUCGACAUCAUCGUACUCACCUCAACUAUGACUACUGCCUUUCGCUGAGCUCACCCUCCCCCCUCUCUCACAUCAAGCUCCAGCCAGACCCAAAAUGGCCGCCAUCUGAAUAGUCAAACAAGUGGGACCGCCUCUCCCACUUUUAAAAAAACGGACUUCACUAAUGGAGCAUGACAUGCUACUUAAUAU